GGCUCUUCCCCUUUGUGGACAUGUACGCCCCCACCGCGAAGUUCUUCGCGGUCCUUCCCGUCGACAGGAAGACAAAGGAGGUGAUCGUCCCGGACGGCUGGACCGUCCCAAACGCCCGCCUCGAGACGGACCCCUCGGAAGCUCGCCGCGCGCCCGAGGCCCCCACCCUCGCUGUCGAGCCGCUGGCGGAGCCCGGUGAGAGGGAGGUGGUGCACAGGCUGUACGCGACGAGGCUCUUCCUGGUAGUGCUCGUCUUAGAGGCCACCGACAUCUUUUUCGCGGUGGACUCCGUGUCGGCGAUCGUCGCCCAGAUCCCGGACCUCUUCCUGGCCUACACCGCCUGCGUCUUCGCGAUGCUGGGCCUGCGGGCCACCUUCUUCGUCGUCGACGAGCUGGUGCGGCUCUUCUUCCUGCUG